UCAAAGGGAUGUUAAACUCAAUUAGUUUUCUGACAUAUCAAAUCUUUUUCUCAAUUCGAGCUAGCCAUGGUUGCUACUUGCUACUGCUAGUUGUCAUCUCCACGAUUCACCCAUAUUUAGAUGCUUCUUUCUUUCUUGCAUAAUUGCAUUCUAAUGUCGUCUCGAGCCUAACAGAAACAAAUCAAUGUUUCUUCGGUCUGUGUCGUCCUCAUAUGUCAUCCUCUUUCAUACCGUUCCUCGUCAUAAGCUCAACACCAGAUAUGUCCUUGGCACACUUUGUGAGAUCAGAAGAAAGCCACCAGUCUCCGGUUACCGAACUAGUUGUGCCUCUGUGUCUGUAUCUCUCUACGAAGACGAGCAGUUCCACGAAAAAGAAACUGAUUCUGUGGAGAAGAGCCGUGGGAUUCGACCUAAUCAUCAAACUUUUACAUGGCUUCUAGAGGGAUGUUUGAAGAGACACGGGUCUUUAGACGAAGGGAGAAAGCUACACGGCCAGAUUUUGAAGUUGGGUUUUGAUAACAAUGCCUCUCUGUCUGAAAAGCUUCUUGAUUUCUAUCUAUUUAAAGGAGACUUUGAUUGUGCCUCGAAGGUGUUCGAUGAAAUGCCUGAGAGAAGGGUUUAUGCUUGGAAUAAGAUGAUAAAGGAGUUAGCUUCUAGAAACUUGAGUGGGAAAGCGUUAGGUCUUGUUUCGAGAAUGGUUUAUGAGAAUGUGACGCCUGAUGAAGGCACCUUCGCUGGUAUUUUGGAAGCAUGCCGUGUUGGUAAUGUUGCUUUUGAUGUAGUUGAGCAGAUUCAUGCGAGGAUGAUAUAUCAGGGUUUGGGGAAUAGUACAGCUGUGUGUAAUCCUUUGAUUGAUUUGUACUCUAGAAAUGGGUUUGUUGAUCUAGCUAGAAAGGUUUUUGAUGGAUUACGUAUGAAGGACCACAGUUCUUGGGUUGCUAUGAUAUCAGGGCUGUCGAAAAACGAAUGUGAGGCCGACGCAAUUAGGUUGUUCUGCGAUAUGUAUAUCUUAGGUAUCAUGCCAACGCCUUACGCCUUGUCAAGUGUUUUAAGUGCGUGUAAGAAGAUUCAAUCUUUUGAGACCGGCGAGCAACUUCAUGGGCUAGUAUUGAAGUUAGGGUUUGCCUCUGACACUUACGUUUGCAAUGCACUUGUGUCCUUAUACUUUCAUUUGGGCAAUUUGAUAUCAGCAGAACACAUCUUCAGCAACAUGUCACAGAGAGAUGCGGUUACUUACAACACACUUAUCAACGGGCUGUCUCAGUGCGGUUACAGUGAGAAAGCUAUUGGAUUGUUCAAAAGGAUGAAGCUUGAUGGGCUUGAACCAGACUGCAAUACUCUUGCAAGCCUUGUGAUUGCUUGUUCAGCUGAUGAAACUCUUUCCGGUGGACAACAGCUACAUGCUUACACAACUAAACUCGGUUUUGCUUCCUACGAAAAGAUCGAAGGUGCUCUUCUUAAUCUGUAUGCAAAAUGCUCUGAUAUUGAAACCGCCCUUGAUUAUUUCCUUGAGACUGAGGUUGAGAAUGUAGUUCUGUGGAAUGUUAUGCUAGUUGCUUAUGGGCUGUUAGACGACUUAAGGAACUCUUUUAGGAUCUUCAGACAGAUGCAGAUGGAGGAAAUCGUUCCAAAUCAAUAUACCUACCCGAGUAUUUUGAAAACUUGCAUCCGUCUUGGGGAUCUUGAGCUUGGGGAACAGAUCCAUUGUCAAAUAGUAAAAACAAGCUUUCAGCUCAAUGCCUAUGUGUGUAGUGUGCUCAUAGAUAUGUACUCAAAAUUAGGAAAACUAGAUACUGCCAUGGAUAUACUUGUCAGAUUUGCUGGGAAAGAUGUUGUGUCUUGGACGACGAUGAUUGCAGGUUACACGCAAUACAAUUUCAACGACAAAGCUUUGACAACUUUCAGGCAAAUGCUGGAUCUCGGGAUCCGGUCUGAUGAAGUUGGAUUCACAAAUGCAAUUAGUGCAUGUGCUGGUCUUCAAUCCCUUAAGGAAGGACAGCAGAUUCAUGCACAAUCCUGUGUAUCUGGUUUCUCAUUUGACCUGCCCCUUCAAAACGCACUGGUCACGCUGUAUUCCAGAUGCGGAAAAGUAGAGGAGGCUUAUCUAGCGUUUGAUCAAACUGAAGCUGGAGAUAAUAUAGCAUGGAACGCUUUGGUAUCAGGGUUUCAGCAGAGCGGAAACAACGAGGAAGCACUCCGUGUCUUUGCUAGAAUGAACAGAGAAGGUAUCCACAGUAACAAUUUCACGUUUGGGUCUGCUGUAAAAGCUGCUUCUGAGACAGCAAACAUGAAACAAGGGAAGCAGGUUCAUGCUGUGAUCACAAAAACAGGAUAUGAUUCAGAAACCGAAGUUUGCAAUGCUCUGAUCUCCAUGUAUGCCAAGUGUGGGAGCAUUUGUGAUGCAAAGAAGCAGUUCCUUGAAGCCUCCACGAGAAAUGAAGUUUCUUGGAAUGCGAUAAUUAAUGCUUAUUCUAAACAUGGGUUUGGUUCUGAAGCACUAGAUCUUUUCGACCAGAUGAUCCGUUCUAAUGUAAGGCCUAAUCAUGUGACAUUUGUGGGAGUUCUAUCAGCAUGUAGCCAUAUAGGUCUUGUGGGCAAGGGAAUUGAAUACUUCGAAUCCAUGGACACAAAAUAUGGAUUAGCUCCUAAGCCUGAACACUAUGUGUGUGUAGUGGAUAUGCUAACACGAGCUGGUCUAUUGACCCGUGCGAAAGAGUUUAUUGAGGAGAUGCCUAUUGAACCUGAUGCCUUGGUCUGGAGAACGCUUUUGAGUGCUUGUGUUGUGAACAAGAACUUGGAAAUAGGAGAGUUCGCUGCACGUCAUCUCGUGGAGUUAGAGCCUGAAGACUCAGCCACAUAUGUGCUUCUCUCAAAUCUGUAUGCUGUGUGCAAGAAAUGGGACGCUAGGGAUCAAACAAGACAGAAGAUGAAAGAGAAGGGUGUGAAGAAAGAACCUGGACAAAGCUGGAUUGAAGUUAGAAACACAAUUCACCCUUUCUAUGUUGGUGACCAGAAUCAUCCCUUGGCUGAUGAAAUACAUGAAUAUUUCAGACAUCUUACCAAACAAGCAUCUGAGAUCGGGUAUGUGCAAGACUGUUUCAGCCUCCUAAAUGAAGCGCAGCAAGAGGCCAAAGAUCCGGCGAUUUUCAUCCACAGCGAGAAACUAGCGAUUUCGUAUGGACUCCUUAGCUUGCCUUCUACAGUGCCUGUAAAUGUGAUGAAGAACCUACGAGUUUGCAAUGAUUGCCAUAAUUGGAUCAAGUUUGUAUCAAAGGUUUCCAACCGAGAAAUCAUAGUGAGGGAUGCCUAUAGGUUUCAUCAUUUUGAAGGAGGUUCUUGUUCAUGUAAAGAUUACUGGUGAGAUCCAAAUCCUGGUAUGCGCACUUGCCUCUUAUAGAUAAUGUGAUACUAGGAGAUAUACUUGAGAAACGUGAAGGUAUGUACAGUCUAGAAAUUGGUGAAUUCACUUGGAUACUGCAGUGACACAACUAUUCUUGAGGACUAGUUGCUUAUACAGAGCUUUUGUUCUCUUUCUUUGUAUUUUACAAGAGUUAAUCGUAAGCAGAGAAGCCCAUAUAUCGGUGGAGAAAAGUUCCUUUGUUUUAGCUUCCCUUACCAAGUAAUAAUAUUCACUAUCUUUUGAAGGCUCAUCUCUUUUUAGGGCUUAAACAUGUAUAUGGAUAGAUUAAUGAGUUGUAGAUGUGCAACAGUGUCUUAAAUGUUUUGUAAAGCUUUCAGUGUUGCCAAAAACAGAGUUUCCGAUUAUUUCUUGUCAACUUUUAUGGCAGAUUAUAUUUUAAAUCCCA